GCCUCUGCCAGAGCUGUCGGUGGAAGCUAGUGUAUCCGCUUGUCGGAAGCCCACACGGACUGAAAAUACAAGUCAAGCAUUACCGGACUUCGGACAGUUUUACGAAACGGGCUACCGUCGAGCACAUUGCCUUGACAAAAUAUAUUUAGUCUGCGUCUUUACUUGUUUUUCCAUGCUGGGAGCUGGAGACAGUUGCUGUCCGCUAACUUCCACAAUAGGUCGCUGCGACGCUGGACUGCUGUAUAUGUUUUAUUUGAGCUCAGCGGUUUAACUCCAGCCCUUCCAGCCGUGCCCAAUGCUGAGGAAUGGAUAGUGUGUCUGUCAAAGGUGGGAAGAUGGUCGAGAGUGAUGAACAGCCGGAGAGGGACAGCGGUGGUGGCGCAGCGAUGGCCGCACUACAUCAAUGCGAACUCAUCCAGAAUAUGAUUGAUAUCUCCAUCUCCAGUUUACAGGGGCUACGGACCAAAUGCGCCGCGUCCAACGACCUCACUCAGCAAGAAAUACGCACUUUAGAGGUGAAGCUGAUGAAAUACAUCUGUAAACAGCUGCAGUGCAAGCAGAAAGUGCCAGAGACAGAGAGGCCCGAGGCCUUGGACAGCUACCCACACUUACGAGACUGGCUGCGCACCAUCAACCUGCGACCAGAGCUCAUCAAGGCUGUUGAAGCAAAGUUGUCCCUGGAUGCUUUACUGCAGAUGACUGGUGCUCAGGUUCGAGAUACAAUGCGAAGACUAGGGUCCAGUUCAGAAGAAUGUGUCAGACUCAGCACUGCCCUCUCCUGUCUGAAGAGUGCCACUGAAUCCGGAGGCGAACUGAGAGAGGACAGCACUUCCUGGUUGUCUGAGCCCACCAGGAGGGAUAGUGGUUCUCUAUUGACCGCAGACCAGCUAACCAAUUUGGGAACUCCCAUUCGCCCUCACAGUCCAUCACCUCUAGCCCGUCCAGGCACCAUCCAGUCUACCCCAUCCACUCCCUGCGCUACCUUCCCCCAUCCCCGCUCGGGCUCAGUUUCAGCAGCACCCACACCAGAGGCGCUGGCAUCCUAUGCACACAGUGAAAGCCCUUUCACAGAUCCGUUCCCCAUGUCUCAUACGGCCCGGCUCCACGGGCACACCUCCACCCCACCAAUAACUCCGCCCUCAAAGAGGCGUCACCGUCUGAAGCCCCCCUGCACACCUCCACCUCCAUCCCGCAAGGUGCUGCAUCUACUUCCCAACAUCACUCUCACACGCAGCAAAAGCCACGAGUCCCAGCUGGGCAAUCGCAUCGAGGACCCUCCCACCAGCAAAUGUGUUAAAAAGAACAAGUUGUUCCUGAAUAUGCAAGUUAAUGGGAAUGGAUGUGAGGACUCGCCUUCUCGCUACCCCGUCGUGACCUCACGGACCCCUGGAGUCACCUCAGCUCCAACCACAGCACCUUACACCCAUCCAGGGACACCCACCCUUGUGGAGGAGCACAGCAUAUUUAAAAAUAAUGUAGCCGUGCAUCGCAGUUCCCCACAAGCAGUGAGGAGAGACAUAGGUUUAGCCGUCACACACAGGUUUUCAACAAAGUCCUGGUUGUCGCAGACAUGUCAGGUGUGCCAGAAGAACAUGAUGUUUGGGGUUAAGUGCAAACACUGUCGACUGAAGUGCCACAACAGAUGCACAAAGGAAGCUCCAUCUUGCAGAAUCUCUUUUCUGCCAAUUGCCAAAAUUCGCAGGACCGAGUCAGUUCCCAACGAUAUAAACAACCCUGUGGAUCGGCCGGCAGAAGCACCGCAGUUUGGCACACUACCAAAGGCCAUUACAAAAAAGGAUCAUUCCCCCGUAAUGAACCAACUGGACUCAAGCAGCAAUCCAUCCUCCACCACUUCAUCUACACCUUCCUCUCCAGCACCAUUCCAGCACAGCAACCCCCCAAGUGCAACCCCUCCACCCAACCCUUCACCCAAAGGCCACCGAGACAGCCGGUUUAACUUUCCCGCUGCCUGUUACUUUCAGCAUAGACAGCAGUUUAUCUUCCCUGAUGUUUCCAGUCCUGCAAAUGUGUACUCUGAUGUCCUUCAAGACACAGUCAGUGAGAUUGAGCAGUCAGGUGAUGACACACAUCCUGAGCUCAUAGAAGACGAAGAUGAAGAGGAAGAGGAGGAGGAGAUUGAUGUAGAAGAUGAAGGCCCUGAAGCAGAGGAGGAGAACGAAGAGGGAGGGGACGAUGAGGAUGACAGGGAGGACAUGAGGAUGAAUGUGGGCUCAGAUGGUGAGUGUGAUGAGCUGGACGAUCUGCCCUGCACUCGGGGAAACCAGUGGAAGGUCCCCAUCUCGCGUAAGGCCAGUCAGACCAGUGUCUACCUGCAGGAGUGGGAUAUUCCUUUUGAGCAGCUGGACCUUGGAGAACUUAUUGGAAAGGGCCGCUGGGGAAAAGUGCACAAGGGUCGGUGGCACGGUGAGGUAGCCAUUAGGCUCCUUGAAAUCGAUGGGAACAAUCAGGACCAUCUGAAGCUUUUUAAAAAGGAAGUGAUGAACUACAGGCAGACCAGGCAUGAAAAUGUGGUGCUCUUCAUGGGGGCUUGCAUGGCUCCACCCCACCUAGCCAUCAUCACCAGUUUCUGUAAAGGGAGAACGCUAUAUUCUGUCGUGCGGGACACUAAAAACACCUUGGAUAUUAACAAAACAAGACAAAUCGCUCAAGAGAUUGUAAAGGGAAUGGGCUAUCUGCAUGCCAAAGGCAUUGUUCACAAAGACUUGAAGUCGAAAAACGUUUUCCAUGAUACCAACAAAGUCAUUAUCACAGAUUUUGGGCUGUUUGGCAUCUCUGGAGUUGUUCAGGAGGGGAGGCGUGAGAAUAAGCUAAAACUUCCACAUGGCUGGAUUUGUUAUCUCGCCCCAGAGAUUGUGCGUCGGAUGAGCCCAGGUAACAAUGAGGACCGCCUUCCUUUUUCCACAGCGGCAGAUGUGUACGCCUUUGGAACUAUUUGGUAUGAGCUUCAAGCUAGGGACUGGCCAAUCACCAACCAGCCUGUGGAAGCCACUAUCUGGCAAGUUGGAAGCGGAGAGGGCAUAAAGAAAGUUUUAGCAGAGAUCAGCCUGGGCAAGGAGGUCACGGAGAUCCUCUCUGCCUGCUGGGCAUAUGACCUGAGAGAAAGACCCACUUUCACCCAGCUAGCUGACAUGCUGGAGAAGCUGCCCAAACUCAACCGCAGGCUCUCCCACCCCGGACACUUCUGGAAGUCUGCAGAAUGGUGUGGCCACAGCACAUAAUUACCUCUCAUCAUGAAAGAAGGUCCAGCAUUUCUUCUGCUAAAGAGGAUAAUAAAAGAAGCCCCUGAAGCUCCUUUCCUAAGCAUUUAGAGUAAUCUGCUCAUAUUGUGGCUACCACUCAAACAUGUCUGGGUCAUUACCUUCAGUUAAGAAAAGAGACUACUCAACCAUAGUCCCUCUCUUCUCUGCUUUUCAUCUAUGAUUUGCUUUUUCACACACCUUUUUGCUUUUGCUUCAAGGCUAUUACCUGUAUUACCUGUACUCAAGUGCGUCACUACUGAUCAUGUAUCUAAAAGGCCAGUUUUCUCACAGAUGGUGAAAUUGCCAUGGGAGAAAUACAUGUCUAACAACAGAAACCUUUAGGGAAGGGUUCCCCAACUCUGGUCCUCAAGUUCCACUGUUCUGCAGACUUUCAAUGUUUCGCUGCUACUACACACACAACUCAAAUUAAUGGGUCAGUAUCAGAGCUGUGUAGAGCUUGUCAGAGAUCCAUUUAAUUUGAAUUAGGUGUGUUGCAGCAGGGAAACAUCUAAUGCCUGCAGGAUAGUGGGCCUUGAGGACCAGGGUUGGGGACCCUUGCUUUAGAGGAAAGAAUCCAAAUGAUCUCUUCAGUCACAAAAUGAACUUGUGCAUCCACAUCUGUUUUUAUUCAGUGAAUGUCCUUAAACUAAUCAGUCUGUGUGCAUGAGAUGUCUUGCUUUUAUUCAGUGUAACCCUGUUACACUCUUACUAACUGUCUAACAUUUGUGUUUUCCUUUGCUUUUUUCCCUCUUUUCUUUUUCUGUUUUCUAAUCUAGGUUGUAGCAGUCACUCUGAAACAUAAGCAUUGCAAAACAAAGCCUGGGUCUGCCUUGCAUGCUCUUGAAUCCUUAACUCUUACAGGAUUGAUCAAAGCAUUGCCUCUGCCUGAAACAGGCACUGCUUCCAUUAAUCCACAGUCUGAUCUUCCAUGUCUAACAUUUACGUGUUCUUAUUCGGAAGAAAGGAUCGGUGGACUAAAGUGUGGCCAGGAGGACAGUCACUACCAACCUUCUCACUUUCCCUUCACAUGUCUAAAAUAUCUUUGCCUUCCCUGUCGUUUCAUUCUAUAAUGUCAUUGGGGACUUUGUGGCUUACAAAUAACUGGUAGUUGUCACUGAGACUGACUGGUGUGCUGUGAUAUGUGCCUGCUGAUGGCUGCCCUGUCCUCGGCCUGCUCACCUUCUCUUUGCUGCUGCGAUGUGGUUGUUCUCACCGGGGUACAGCACUUUUUUCUCUCUCUGAAAUGCACACGCACACAAACACACCGCUGGACAUUAAAUGGACCCAGUCUCUGAAUGGACCACUUCAUUUAUCUGUUUUUCCCCUUAAGGGUUUGGCACAUGUUGGACAGGCUGCUUGGGUGAUGCUCUCAAACCAGCCGCCUCCUCUCCCUCACUUUUCUUAAGGGUUGUGUGAUGGCAUGUGCUGAGAUGUUCACCGGCCCAUUUCUAGACACAAUAUGCACUUUGUCAACAAUAACAACAACAAAAAUAAAAAAAAAAUCAUGGACUAUUUUUUUGGUUGUGAUUUAAUUUAGUUUUGCAUAGUGGAAUUUGCAGUUUUUUUCUAUAGUUUUUCUCUUCAGGAGAGUCUCAGAGGCUGGACAGAUUGAUGUGCUCACCUGUAUGUUGUCUUUAUGGAGUACAGUCUGAUCUGUUAAAUCACUGUUUAUUGGAUGCAUUUCAAAGCAGGGCACUAACAAAGAUGUGUGUGUAAGUGUUUGUGCUAAACUAUGGUUGAAAAAAAAGAACAAUCUACAUGGAAAUAGAUACUACUGGCUACAUAAGAUUAAAGACUUUUCAGUAAUGUCCAUCUUUUGAAGUG